GCUGUAGGAAGAUGAAAGGAGAAGGAGGAGGAGGCAGCAGCGGCAGCCAAACUUAAUAAAUAAUUCUGACGAUUCCUGAUAUCAAAUGGAGGCCCCUGAGUGGGACCCACUGAAAAAUGACACCCUUCCACCGACCCUGACGCCAGCUGUCCCUCCGUACGUGAAGCUGGGCCUGACCAUUGUAUAUACUGUUUUUUAUUCACUGCUUUUUGUGUUCAUCUACGUCCAGCUCUGGCUGGUCCUUCACUACAGGCACAAGAGGUUCAGUUACCAAACUGUCUUUCUGUUUCUGUGCUUGUUUUGGGCCUCCCUCAGGACUGUGCUCUUUUCAUUUUACUUCAAAGACUUUGUCACAGCAAAUUCUCUCAGCCCCUUCAUCUUCUGGCUCCUCUAUUGCUUCCCCGUCUGCCUCCAGUUUUUCACCCUGACCCUGAUGAAUCUGUACUUCACACAGGUGAUAUUUAAGGCUAAAUCAAAAUAUUCCCCAGAGCUACUGAAAUACAGGUUGCCCCUCUACCUGGCUUCUCUUUUCAUAAGUCUCCUCUUCCUCUUGGUGAACUUAACAUGUGCAGUAUUGGUGAGGACACAGAAUUCAGAGAGAAAAAUCAUUGUCUCUGUCCGGGUGGCAAUUAAUGACACGUUGUUUGUGCUCUGCGCUGUUUCACUCUCCAUCUGCCUGUAUAAGAUUUCCAAGAUGUCUUUAGCCAACAUUUACUUGGAAUCCAAGGGCUCAUCCGUGUGUCAGGUGACAAGCAUAGGAGUGACUGUUAUACUACUUUAUACCUCACGCGCCUGUUACAACUUGUUCAUCUUAUCAUUUUCCCAAACCAAGAAAGUCAAUUCUUUUGAUUAUGAUUGGUACAACGUAUCAGAUCAGGCAGAUCUGAAAUGCCAGCUGGGAGAUGCGGGUUACAUAGUGUUUGGAGUGAUCCUUUUCGUCUGGGAGCUCUUGCCUACUUCCCUGGUUGUGUAUUUCUUCCGUGUCCGAAAUCCUACCAAAGAUCUUGCCAAUGCAGGAAUGGUCCCGAGCCAUGGCUUCAAUCCCAGAUCUUAUUUCUUUGACAACCCUCGCAGAUAUGACAGCGAUGAUGAUCUGGCAUGGAAUAUUGCACCCCAAGGAGCACAGGGCAGUUUCUCUCCAGAUUACUAUGACUGGGGCCAUCAGAACAACAGCUUCAUGGCUUACAUAGGAUCCCUUCAGCAAGAUCCAACACUGGACACAGACAGGCCAAGCCCUAUAUGACUUCAAUCAACUACCACAUUCUAGGACAUUCCAAUAUUAAAACAAUUGUUCUGAAAAACAAAGCUUAGCAAAUUUAUUCACCUUUUGGUUUUUAGAAGUGUUCCUAUGCACAGAUAAAUGAAGAACUUGUCUUUGCCACAAGCUUUUCAUAGUUUAAGGAAAAGUAUAAGCUAAUGAUUUAAACUUUGAAGACUGUUCAAAUUAUAUACGUUGCUCCAAAAGCAAUGCCUCCUCUUUAUUUCCAUGGAAACUACUACAACCGAUACAGAACACAACAACACUAUUUGAUAGAGCAAACUCACAGCUACAAAACACUAUUUUUCAGCACAGUCACCAACAUUAGUUAUGCAUUUUCAGUGGUGAUGAACAAGAGCCUGCAUGCCACACAAAAAUCUGCACGAGCAGAAGUGACCAGCUGUCACCACUGCUAUAAAGCACCACCCACUGCCUCACUGUGCUCACAUCCACUGUUCGGUCUCCAGAAAUACUCAGCAAUCGUCUGUGAAUGUCAGUGGAUACAAUUUUUUUCCACAUGAAUUCAGCAACAUACCUGUGCUUCAUAUGCACUUCUAAGUCAGACACCAUUUUGUCAGACUGCCCCUCUGCUGCCGUCUCUCACACAGCAACAAAAUGCGACAGAGUACUACUGGCAAAGUUCAACCUCUACUGCCAUACCACCACCAUCCACCUCUGACACUGUGAGCCAGCAUGAUAAAAUAGGAGGCAUUACUUUUGGAGCAGCCCUCAUACCACCUUGUUUUAAGCCAUGGCAUUUUUGGCUUUGGACAGAGUUUUUAGAAGGCAUAAUUUAAUCACUUUAUGCUCGUUUUAAAAGAGCAAAUUCUGUGAAGUACAAUGGCAAUUAUUUUCUAAGUAUUUUUAUUUUUACACUGUGUAUUAGGUUAGAAAUAUAUAAUGAGUGUACUGUAAAUACAUGAAAAUGUUACUCAAACGCAUGCCAGUAAGAGAUUCUUACGUGCACAUAACAGCCUGUAAGGAAAAAAUGCCAAGACCAUUAAAUAUUGUCUUUCCAAGUUAUUGCUACAUUCUUGGAGCACAAUCUACUCUGGAUUGUUGCUAAUGACACAGCACAGCAAGAUGGCUGGAGGCUAACACAUCUACUAUGCACUAGUUACCAUCUUAAAACAUGCUGCAUUCCUCUAAAACUUUAUCUUCUCCGCAGCUGUAGGGACAGUCUUGAAGUAGAAGAGAUGGUCAUCUGCUCUGGCUUGAACAGCAAAACAGGCUGAAAACCUGUAAACUUGAAAGAAUAAAGUUAUAUGAUAAUUCUGUGAA